GCCAUGCUGACGGACUGUGUAUAUAAAGGAGAACAGCAUGAACAUACUUAUGCUCAACUGUGGACGCAGAGCGAGCGGACCUGUGACGUUUAAUUGCAACCUUUACGCAAAGGCGCUCUUCUGGAUUUCUGCCUCCUCAAGUAGAUUGCUUUACCAGAAAAUAUUGGAAUAUUUCGAAAAUUAUUAAAUAAUAAGAACACGUAUACAACACACAUUAAUUUUACACUUAUUUAUGUGUGUGUUUUAAUUAAUAUAAUUAUUUUUAAACAGACAUUAUUUUUACAGUACGCAAAUUCUGUGUCUGUUAGUAUAAAAACACCUGUCUUGAACUUUCAAGAAGCUCCCUAGUGAUGAUUUUAUGAUUUUUUUUCCUGGUCUUUUUUAUCCCAAUGCCCGCCCUAAUCGCUGUCAUGGAAUCGUUUGGGUCUUUUGUCACCGAGUCUACCGACAUCACCACACCGGACGAUCCGUUCUCGGGUCCCCUCAAGUCUGUUGCGCCCUGGAAUUACACUUUCCUCGCCUGUCUGAUGUUCAUAGUGACUUCACUGUCUUUAACAGAGAACUUCACCGUUAUGCUUGUGACGUUUAGAUUAAAACAUGUAAGGAAACCGUUGAAUUACAUUAUUGUUAAUUUAUCUGUUGCUGAUUUUCUAGUUUCACUGACAGGAGGCACUAUAAGUUUUCUAACUAAUGCACGAGGCUACUUCUUCCUGGGCGUCUGGGCGUGUGUGCUGGAGGGAUUCGCUGUCACUUUUUUCGGGAUUGUGGCUUUGUGGUCUUUAGCAAUCUUGGCAUUUGAGCGUUAUUUUGUGAUCUGUCGUCCUCUGAAAAAUGUCCAGAUGGGAGGCAAGCACGCAGCGAUGGGUCUUGUUUUUGUCUGGACCUUCUCAUUCAUCUGGACAAUCCCACCAGUUCUUGGCUGGAACAGUUAUACAGUCAGCAAAAUUGGCACCACCUGUGAACCCAACUGGUACUCGACUGAUUACUACGACCACACCUACAUCAUCACCUUUUUCAUUACGUGUUUUAUCCUUCCUCUUGGUGUGAUCAUUAUCACCUAUGGUAAACUUAUGCAGAAGCUCAGAAAGGUAUCGAACACUCAUGGAAGGCUGGGUAAUGCACGUAAGCCUGACCGAGAGGUGGCGAGGAUGGUCAUUGUAAUGAUAGUUGCAUUCAUGGUUGGAUGGACGCCUUAUGCAGCAUUCUCAAUUACUGUCACUGCCUGUCCCACAAUUCAUAUUGAUCCUCGCCUGGGCUCCAUACCGGCCUUCUUCUCCAAGACUGCAGCUGUAUACAAUCCCAUCAUCUAUGUCUUUAUGAAUAAGCAGUUCAGGAAGUGUCUGAUCCAGAUGUUUAAAGGAAAUGUCACCAAUUUGGACUCCACUAAUCUGAACCAGACAUCAGACAAAGGAGCCAUCACUGCCACAGCUGAGAGUCACCUUGAAGAGAUGUCCACCAUUGCUGCUCGCGUGCCCAUGUCCAUGUGCAACAUGGAGAAGCGUGAGGAUGACGAGGAAGAGUCGGAGCAAAGUGGGAAUGAAGGUCCGAAGCAGCUCUCUUUAUCAGAUAGUCGAGUGUGUCCUUUGUAGAAAAGGGGUAGUCUGACUUAAUAAAUGUAUACCUUUAGUCUAACCUGUUGUCUAACUAAAGCAUAAAUCAUGCAGCCGUUACCACUAUUGGAAUGCAUAUGUUAGAAUGUAUUGUUUGCAUUUUCAUAUGUUCUUUGUUGUUGUUUGUAUUUCUUUUAUGUUGUGGCGAUUUGCAGUCUCUGUGUAUCUGUGUACUUGUCAGUAUUGCAUUAUUACCUUACAUAAACAUGAAGGAGGCAGGCAAUACAUUUCCAUUUAGUCCUCUGAACGAAUGCUAUUUGUUUUUCAGAUCUAUCUCCUUCGAUUUUGGUUCAAAAACCAAUAGGCUGAAUGGUUGUUGUGUUAAAUCACAGGGGUCUCAAACGCUUUUAUGAGACAAGCA